AUGAAGCUCCUUACCAAGGAAGAAGAGGACGCCCACUACCGGCAAGUCGUCAAGGGCGGCUCCUUCGGUACAGCCCUCGGUCUAGCUGGUGGCUAUGCAGGUGUUAUGCUCGCUACCCGCCGCUACUCUACAAUCCGCAACCUCACACUCCCCAUGAAGGCCUUCCUCGUCACAUCAUCCGGAACAUUCGUCGGUAUCAUCGCGGCUGACCGGUCCUCGCGCGCCUUCGAAAUGUCUCAGAACCAGUCCCGCCUAUGGUACGAGAACCGUAAGGAACAGAUGCAUGCAGAGGAGCUGCAGGGAAUGAGCUUCGGCGAUCGUGCCCUUGCGUGGGCUCGACAGGAGCGAUACACAAUUGUCGGUACUACGUGGCUUGCUUCCAUGAUUGGUAGCUUUGCUCUCGUCGGACGUAACCCUUAUCUAUCGGGCCAGCAGAAGUUGGUGCAGGCUCGUGUUUACGCCCAGGGUUUGACGCUUGCUGUGCUCGUUGCUAGUGCGGCGUUUGAGAUUUCGGAGAGGCGCAGAGUCAGAAGGGAAAUUGAUGCUAGAUCUGCGGGCGCGGCUGCGGGCGCUACCGCUGCUGGUGCUGUGGCGGAAUCGAAGACGAAGGCGGAACACGGCGAGCAAGGCCAGGGUGACCUUUGGAAGGAGAUGGUUGCAGCUGAGGAGGAUAGGUUGAAGAAGAAGCGCCAGUCGCUUUACGAGCACCACCACGAGCCUGGCUCUGCGUCUAACAAGGGCACUGACGCGCAAUCUCCUUCUCCAGUGCAAAAGGCCGAAGCGGAGGGAGCUCCGAGCGAGCAGAAGCAAGAGCAAAAGUCCGAGGAAAAGAAGCAAAAGUGA